AUGAAAUCGUCUAGGAACGAGCCGUUGUAUCUUUUCUGUGAUUCACUCGAGGAUAAGUUCUUGUUAAUAAAUUUGAGUAGCAUGGAAGAACGAUUACCAUUUUCGAGUUUAGUCUCUAACGAAGAAGAGGUCGAUGAUUUGAUAACGAUAAGAUUAUCAUCUGAAGAUGUGAGUUAUCUCAUCGUAGAAAAACACAGUUGGUUUUUCAGGCCGACCGAAUCAAGAACACUUAUAUCAAUUUCAACGUCUGGUACCAAGUCAAGCGUACUGGAAUUGGAAGCAGGAAGACAUCUUUUGCGUAUUUAUUGUCGAUCGGAGUCACGUUGUUUCGUAUCUAUCUCAUCUAACACGAUCUUUCACGUUGGUGAUCGUCUUAAAAUACAUCGGUUAAUGAUCACGGAAUCGGAUAGAAUUGAUUUUCUUGUCAAACACGUUAGCAAUUCCAUAGCUAAAGCUUUUUUGAGUUUUGGUAGUAAAGAUUAUAUCUCGAACUUGAUGACAUUUUAUCGAAGUUAUAUGCCGGAUUUAAGGGGCUUUACCGAAAAACGAGAUCGAACUUUUUUCAAACAAAUACACGAGCACUUCAUGGAAGAAUUAUUGGAAUCGAUAAAAAUGAUUUUCAAAUCGGAAGACGUACCCGAGACUUUAUCUUCCUUGAGAAUAUUUUUUCUAGAUCCUACAAUCGGUUUAGAACGUCACAAAACUCCGUCGAUCAUCUUAAAUGCAUUCCGAGAGAUCGACGACGCGUCCUCGCUUAAAGAAAAUUACUCGAGCGAAUCGAUCGACGGCGAAAUGGUUUGGAUCGAUUAUAAUCAAGCGGCAAGGGUGAUUCAAUCUUUUUUUAAGAUGGUGAUCGUUAAACGUUAUAAACAGCGACACGAUACUAAUCACAAGGAUCAUUCGAAGAUCUUAACGAGUCUAUUAAAGAUCGCUGAACUUUUCGAUUAUUCUAAUGGCGAGUCGUUAGCGUGUAGUUUGCUUCGAAAGGUCAUUCAAAAAAAUCAACGAUUUAACAAAGCUUAUCCUUGCUCUAAAGACUUUCAAUACGUAUUAAAGAUUCAAGAGUGCAAAGGACUUUUGUUAAAUGUUAAACCCAAUCAAUGGAUUCCAAUAACAAGACUAAUCGUGAACGCAAAAGAAAACGAAACGAUCUUUGGAACGAUUCAACUUUUUACUAACUUACCGAGUUACAAUUUGCGAUUAUUCGACAACGAAACCGGUCGAGAAAUGUGGAGAAUCGUUAACAACGUUGCACCGUCUAAUUAUCCUUAUACAACUGUCGGUUACACGUUGUUCGCUUAUGGAUGGUGUGAUAAUCAAAAAUUAAGAGACACGGAAUGGAUUCUUCAUUUUGUUACCAUCAAGGGGAAAUCAAUGUUUUAUCAAUUAACUGACAAGGAACCAAUAUCCUUGAACACGAAAAUACCUACUUUAAUUAUCGAAGAAACAUUUAAUACUUAUAUACCUAACACAAUGAAUUUCAUUUCCAAAUGGAUUGUUAAUAUCGUUAAAGAUAGUGUCUUGUCAUUAAGAUUAAUGACUUCUUACGAAUUGGUUCAAAUGAAAAUUAGAAUCGUGGAUGAUAAAGAAAAUGUUUUAUUAGAAAUCGAAGGUAGAUCAGUUUUGUGUAUUCCAGUUGUGUAUUUGAAAUUAAAAGAAGAAUUUAUAGAGAAGGAAAAUCCACGAACUAUUUAUUACAUCGAGGCAUUUGUUCUUGAUAAUAGUUGGCCAUUAACCGAUGCUGAAUGGUCAGUGGUAUUGGAGAAGAAGACAAAAAGGGAAAACGUACCAGUUCGAACUAAAUCUAGUAAUAGUUCCAUUAUUAAACUACAGAGAUCUGAAACGACAAGAACGAAACGUAGUUCAAAACAUCAGAUCGAUCAAUACUUGGAUCCACCUUUUUGGAAAUUGCAAGCUGUCAUCGAUGCUGACAGCGGUAUAGAGAUUAUUCAAGACAGAAGAAGAGAACAGGAGAUAGCAUCUUUGAAAAAAUCCUGGUCAAGAGACGAUCCUGAACGACCUAAACGUUGCAAAGAAUUCAGAGAAACUUUUUUAAACACCUACGCUUUACCUCCAACUUCUUUGACAAAUUUAAAUAACAAAAUUUUGAUUAAAACGAACGAACGUAUGGAAAAACACAAAGUUCGAAACUCAUCGAAAAUUUGUCGGUCAUUGUCUUCAACAGAAAAAUUUGCCGUUAGGUCUCUGAAGAAACCUCCAUAUCGUGGUUUCGAUUUACCAAAAUUAGAUUUAAGUCGGUACGAAAAAAUUGAAGAAAAAGGGGAAGAACGUCGAACGAGAACCAAAUCGGAGGAAGAAAUGUUAAAAGAUCGACGAUACGCUGAAGUUCUUGAAUUUAUUCAUUCUCACGAUCAUUUUAUUCAACGUUUAACCGAUCGGUCGUUGGAACGAAUAAGAAAAUAUGAAAAAUUGUGGAACGUUUACGAAGAAAAUUGUUCUCAAAGAAAAGCUCAGCUUGAGGAAGCUUACGAGAUGCGUCAAGCUUAUAUUUCUAGUGUUAAAUCGAUUGAUACUUCGAUAAAAGUGAAAGGCGGAAAGAAAAAUGUAAAAAGAUAA